UGCACGUGUUUGUCUUGUAGCAUAUGACCGAUGGUCCAAAGACCUAAAUCCAUGGCUUGAUUUCGCGUACAGAAUAUUGUCUGACAACAACCUGCGACGCCUGCUGGUCUUUCUGAAGCCAGAGACUUAACAUAACUUCAUAUAAACACCGGAUGGACUAUGUUGGGCGUAGAUGAUUUUGAAGAUAACUACAAUAUAUAAGUUUAAUUUUUUUCUUUGAAUGACGGUCCUGAGAAGAACUAAGCAGAAAUAUUUAACAAAGAAUAUUAGGACAAAGGACUAAUGCCGAUUUUUCAGCUCGUGCGUUGUGUGUUGGCAUUCACGUUUGUUCUCUGUUUACAUUAUGUUCGUGGAAAUGAUGACGCUAAAAGACUGUAUGAUGACCUUAUUAAUGGUUACAAUUCACUCAUCAGACCCGUAGGCAAUAAUUCGGACAGGUUAACGGUAAAAAUGGGACUCAGAUUGUCUCAGCUGAUUGAUGUGAAUCUAAAGAACCAGAUUAUGACAACAAAUGUGUGGGUGGAACAGGAAUGGAACGAUUACAAAAUGAGAUGGGAUCCAGAUGAUUAUGGAGGAGUUACAAAACUUCAUGUUCCUGCUGAACUGAUUUGGCUUCCUGAUAUUGUGUUAUAUAAUAAUGCGGAUGGCAACUACGAGGUGACUAUUAUGACGAAAGCUAUCCUCCAUUCGGACGGUAUGGUUCACUGGAAACCUCCUGCCAUCUACAAAAGUUCGUGCCUGAUGGAUGUUGAGUAUUUUCCAUUUGAUGAACAAACCUGUUUCAUGAAAUUCGGAUCUUGGACUUACGAUGGUUAUACUGUCGACUUGAAGCACAAGCAUCAGACUGAAGAAGAACCUGAAAUACCCAUGGGAAUUGAUCUCAGCGAAUUCUACCUCAGUGUAGAGUGGGACAUAAUGGCUGUUCCUGCGAGGAGGAAGGAGCGCUUCUACAGCUGCUGUGAAGAACCAUACCCCGACAUAACAUAUAACAUCACAAUUCGGCGUAAAACUCUGUUUUAUACCGUAAAUCUCAUCAUUCCUUGUGUCGCUAUUUCUUUCCUCUCCAUUUUAGUUUUCUACUUACCUUCGGAUAGCGGAGAGAAAGUAUCAUUGUCCAUAUCUAUCAUGCUGUCUUUGGGAGUCUUCUUCCUGCUCCUUUCGGAAAUUAUCCCACCAACCUCUCUGACGGUUCCCUUGUUGGGCAAGUACCUUUUGUUCACCAUGAUCCUGGUAUCAUUCUCGGUGAUAGUGACCAUUGCGGUACUCAACGUAAACUUCCGUUCACCUUCCACCCACAAAAUGGCACCCUGGGUACGUAAAGUCUUCCUUGAAGUAUUGCCCAAGUUUCUGUUCAUGAAACGACCAGAUGACAAUCACGAUUCUUCGGACUCUUCGGACACGAAACCGGGUAUCCUGAAGACGUUCGAUGGCGUGGAUAUUAGCGAUACAAUCCCUGGGACCAUCUUGAGCAGAGAACGUGUUGUAGCCGGAGAAGUAGAGUGCUCCUUCAUAGAAGGGCACAGUUCAAGUCAUCAGCUGCAGGAUUCCUCGACCCAGGAACGUCACGAGAAGGAAGAAGUGGAAAGAGCUGUUCUCAAUGUUCACUUCGUCGCUCAGCAUAUGGAGAAUUUAGAUUCUUAUUCAGAGGUAAGCCUAGCGCCUUGUUAA